CCCCCCCCCCCCUCGCAGCCGGUGCUGGGGCUGGGAGGCGAAAGAGAAGAUGGAGGCGUUCAAACUGCGCGCCUACAGCCGGCGGAGACAGAAGAAGGUUCACUGUUCCUCCCCGCUACCGGGGGUGGCUGCGUCAAUCCCCAGAGGCAGCAGCAAAGCGGGCCCCUUCCAGCCCUGCCGACGCCUCUUUGCCCCACCCUUGAGGGAGUCCAAUGCCCAAAGUGUGAAGGGAAAUCCCAAUGUGAAAGCCUUAUCAAAAAUCAAUGAAAACUUUGAAGUGACCAAAGUGAACAAUUCAGCUGAUCAGAGUGUUCAAUUAAAUGAUGAGAAAAUCACAAACACGGACAUCAGAGGAAAAAGUACUACACAGUUAAAGGAAUCUCUUCAAAGCAACUGUGAAAGUAACGAAAGUUGGAGAAACAGUGAGACUACUUCAGGAAUGACUCUGCCUACAGGGGUCUCUACCUUUCUACUGGACUGCUUGGACAUGGAUUCCAGUACAGAAUCUAUUGAUAGCAUGAAUAGUUGCCCAUCACCUGAAAUAUUCAGGAAUGAAGAUAGUUUAGACAGAAAUAAUUCCAAUCCUGAGGAGUGUCUCAAAUAUAAGAAUUCUACUCUCCUGGAUACCAGCAAAGCAGUGACCAUAGAUAAGAUGCCACAGCUUUCAAAUCUUUCAGAGAUAUUGGAGCCCAUAUAUGAGGGUCAUCAAGACCAAUACGUUGGGAGAGAGUCACCAACAAAAUGCAAUAAAGAUUCUUCUAAGUUGAUGAAUGUUUCAACAAUCGUGGCAGGAAAACAAGUGGGCAAAAUUAUGUCUAGUACUGAAAAAACUCCUGAUGCAAAAAUCAGUUUGUUCUCUUCAGUAUCUGGAAGACGAAAGAGACAGCUUGAUAACCAAAUUAUUCCUAAAAACAUGAAGUGCCGAAAAAAAGUAAAAUUCAGCAGUCUGUUGAAGAAUGAGACCUCUUCAUGCCAUCACCUUGUACCUGCAGAAUGCACUUUAACUAAAUCACAAGAGUUGAUGGCAGAAAUGCUGCCAUCCAAACAAUUAGACAUAGAGAUGGACAUGAAUUCUAAAGUAUUGAUCACAGAAAAACACAGACAACUGCUAACAAGCACAGCAUACUUUCAGCCAGAAGAAUUGGAGGUGAGGUACAAAACACUGUUUAACUUGUCACCAGUGCACAAGACCUCUUUUGGUGAAGACUUAUUCCUAAAUUCAUCGGGUCCAUAUGUAAACUCAGAAGAAAUUGCUCCUGCAUCUUUGAGUUUAGAAGAAAAAACUGUUAAUCAGUCUGUGCACCACGAGGAAAGACAAAACAAGAAAUUGAAUAGAAAAAACAAAGAAAUCUGCUCUAUUGUUAAAACUUCACCAGGGCUUGUCAUCUCAAUGGGUCACCGAAUUCCAGUGAACAGAAAUAUGUUGAAUCCCUCUGAAGGAAUAACUGAAGGAAGAAAUGUCAAGAGCAAGUAUUUGGAGGACUACAUCAAAUUCGGCUUCACUUGUCAAGAAAAAGGUGUGGAUUUGCCACAAUGUGUUACAAGUGCAUUCUACAAUAAGACAAACAAUGCAGUGCAUGCUCCCUACAUUGUUGCAUACAAAAUUACACAGGCCAAGAAGCCUCAUACCAUUGUAGAGCAACUUGUGCUCCCACGUGCAAAAGAGAUGCUGCGGCUUGUUCAUGGCGAGGAAGCAGCAAGGAAGCUGAAUGAUAUAUCUGUCUCUAACGACACACUAUCGAGACGGAUAAAUUAGAUCACAGAACAUCAGUGAACAAGUUGUGGAUGAAAUAAAGAAGUCUCCAUUGUUUGCCAUACAAUUGGAUGAAUUGACCGACAUAGCAUUGUGCUCUCAGCUAUUGGUGUU